AUGGACUCCCUCAUUCUGCAAGAGCAGUUGGUGGAAAAGCUGCUGUUACCCCGCACUCAAGCUCAGCGCAGUCCUUCUGCCAAGCUGAAGGACCACGAGAAGCAGUAUGUGGGCUUUGCCACUUUGCCCAACCAGGUCCAUCGGAAAUCGGUGAAGAAGGGCUUUGAUUUCACCCUCAUGGUUUCAGGAGAAUCUGGUCUGGGCAAAUCAACCCUGGUGAACAGCCUCUUCUUGACAGAUCUCUACAAAGACCGAAAGCUUCUCAACGCCGAGGAAAGAAUAAAUCAGACAGUAGAGAUUGUGAAACAUACUGUGGACAUCGAAGAGAAAGGGGUCAAGCUGAAGUUGACCAUAGUUGACACCCCAGGCUUUGGAGAUGCUGUCAACAACUCAGAGUGUUGGAAGCCGAUCACCGACUAUGUCGACCAGCAGUUUGAACAAUACUUCCGGGAUGAGAGCGGCCUCAACCGGAAGAAUAUCCAAGACAAUCGCGUUCACUGUUGCCUCUAUUUUAUCUCGCCGUUUGGACACGGACUAAGGCCGGUGGAUGUGGAAUUCAUGAAGGCGCUCCAUGAAAAAGUGAACAUCGUCCCCCUCAUUGCGAAAGCCGAUUGCCUUGUUCCCUCCGAGAUCAAGAAGCUAAAAGAACGGAUCCGGGAAGAGAUUGAUAAGUUUGGAAUGAAAGUUUACCAGUUUCCCGAAUGCGACUCUGACGAAGAUGAAGACUUCAAGCAACAAGAUAGAGAACUGAAGGAGAGCGCACCCUUUGCAGUCAUUGGUAGCAACACGGUGGUCGAAGCCAAGGGGCAGAGGGUCCGAGGAAGACUCUACCCCUGGGGCAUUGUGGAAGUGGAGAACCAAGCACACUGUGACUUCGUGAAGCUACGCAACAUGCUGAUCCGAACCCAUAUGCAUGACCUGAAAGAUGUAACUUGUGACGUUCAUUAUGAGAACUAUCGGGCACAGUGCAUCCAACAGAUGACCAGCAAACUGACUCAGGACAACCGAAUAGAAAGUCCAAUUCCCAUCUUGCCACUUCCGACCCCAGAUGCCGAGACGGAGAAGCUGAUCAAGAUGAAGGACGAAGAGCUGCGAAGAAUGCAGGAGAUGCUGCAGAAAAUGCAACAGCAAAUUCAAGAGCAUUAAGACGAAACCAGGAUGAAGGGAGCGACGGGGGUGUUUUGCACCACCCUUGGGUCCAUCUGCCUGGGAAGCUGCUUCAGGAAAUCUU